UGUUGUUACCUUCAUGGUUGCCCCCUAAUUGAUGCGUGUAACCAUGAUGCUUACCUCAAUUUCUUUCUCAUCAGUGAGCAGUGUUCGUAUCCCUUGUUGCUUCUGCCGCUGCAACAGCUUUUCCUCUUCCGCGAGGAUGUCUCAAUUCUCAACUAUCAAUUGUGCAAGUCCAGAUCCAACCACUUCUGCAACUCAACCAGCACCGGAACAAAAGUCCAAGCCAUGGCUGCUUGUCGGGCUCGGCAAUCCUGGCAAGUUGUACCAAGGAACGAGACACAACGUGGGUUUUGAGAUGAUAGACACCAUAGCCGAAGCUGAAGGGAUAUCCAUGAGCAGUGUUAAUUUUAAAGCUCUGUUUGGAAAAGGGUGUAUAGGACGUGUCCCAGUAAUGCUCGCUAAACCACAGACUUUCAUGAAUGCAAGUGGUGAGUCUGUUGGAUCCAUUGUUUCAUAUUACAAGAUUCCACUGAAGCAAGUCCUUGUCAUAUUUGAUGACAUGGAUUUACCAUUUGCAAAACUACGUCUACUGCCGAAAGGUGGACAUGGGGGUCACAAUGGGAUGAGAAGUAUCAUCAAUCACUUGAAAGAGAGUCGCGAUUUUCCACGUUUAAGGAUAGGUAUCGGACGACCUCCUGGGAAAAUGUUUCCUAUGAAUUUUGUUCUUCGAGCAUUCAAUAAACAAGAACGUGAAGAGUUGGACUUCACAUUUCAAAAUGGUUUGGAAGCUGUGAGGAUUCUUUUGAAUGAGGGCUUUGAGAAAAGUGCUACAUUUGUUAACAGUUCGAAGACAUUGGAACAAUUUCGUUAAACAGAGAGGGGGUUCUCAUCCACAGCUG